AUGUCCCUCAUACGCGCCAUUCCCCGCGCCACGAGCGCAUUCGCCCGCACACCAUCGCCCGUCUUCAAUCAAAUACGCAACUUAUCUCUUACCGCAGCACGAAAAUCAGAUCAUGGGGAUCACUAUGAUCCGCCGAGCGGAUGGUUAUUUGGCGUGAAGCCUGGAGAGAAGGUGGAGAAGGAGGGGAUACAAACCUGGGCACUAGAAGAGGCACGCAGAAGGUUAGAAGUGGAAGGGAUCUUAAAGGAGCCCGAAGACAAAUCAUAA